AUGCCUCCGGGCCCAAAGCAUACAGACCUCCACGAGAAUCGCACACCGCCCGAAAAUCACUUCCAAGUUGACUCCCUCCUCGAGGCUGUUGAUCAAAGAAUCGCCUUAAAUGAAACUCCCCCUCCUCCAUCAUCCACCUCCACUGUGAGUGGCCCUGCAGUCGCCUCCGAACUUGCCGAUCCCUCUCCUUCCCCAACUUCCGCAUCGACCCCACUUCGACGGCGCCGUUUUUCAGUUACCGGCGCAGGCCAGCAGUUGCGUCGCUUUCGUUCUGCGCCUUUCAGUCUGGCCCGCGUCAUCGAAACGGCGGGUCCGCGAUUGAGGGUACGUUUAGUCGGGACAGAUGAUCGCAACGAUUGCUGGUUUCUGGUCGAUUCGGAUCAGAUACGACCCUAUCCCUCACACGAGACUCUUCAACCGCCCUUCGGCUAUGUACACAACCAUCUUGUGUGGAACAAGACGCUGCGACGAACUGUGGAGGAGGGUAAAGCUGCACCGCUGGAGUGUUUUGCUAAGCCCCCACCAGAUCCUGAGCGAAAUCUGUUUAAAAAAGGCGACAAGUUGGAAGCCGUUGACCGUCACAACGCCCAGCUGAUUUGCCCAGCAACGAUUGGCGAUGUCUCAGGACUUCAUGUUCUAGUCUCUUUUGAUGGGUGGUCGGGGAACUUUGACUAUUGGACCCGAUAUGACUCACGUGACCUGUUCCCUUGCGGAUGGUGCAAACUAGCUGGCCAUGCUCUUCAGUCUCCAGGACCAGCUGCUAUCCAACAUUUGGAACUCACCCCAACGAAGAUACCCGUUCCAAAGCCGGUUCGGCCUCAUCCAUCAGUUCCCUCAACCGCCUCGAGAAGAAAGGCCCCUUUCCGACGACGAAGGUAUUUUGUUCAUGGCAUAACUAAUGCUAACUCCAAAGCUGUCAGCUCAGUCUGGAAACUCAUCCUCAACCCCCUUCUCGAUCUCCAAUUUCGGUUGACUGGGAGCACCACGCGCCGAAUUCGCGCCACCGCGGCAGCUGCGCGACGCUCCCUGGAUUCAGUGCUGACCAUCAAACAGGAAACCGUUUCGCCUUUGCCCACACCUCCGCCGCCGCCGCCGCCGCCCCUUCCUCGUCUCACGGUGAUUACCAAGACACUGGAAGAUGGGAGUCCGCAAACAAUGAUUAAGGCCACGCCAAAUACACCCUCAACCUCCUCUGAAAAGUCGGCUCCGGACACCGCGGACGGUCCACUCGUGGCGUCAUCUGAGUCCGUGGAGCCACCGGAAUCAUUCGAUGUGGCGACCGUGGGUGGAAUAGGCACGGAGUGUGAGGGUGGAGAAAGAAAGCGAAAGAAGUCCAAGAAACACAAACGUCACAAUUCGAAAGACGGCGGACAUCGCCAUCGCAUAUCGAGUUUUGACCUCCAUCGAUCUGUUAGUCUCAACGACUACUAUCAGCCAACAAAGCUAGUUAUCCGACAGCGAUCGGGUGACUUGACUGGAUCGUCAACUGCACAGCUCUUCGUCGACACGAUGGAGCCCCCUUCUCCAUCUCCUCCACCCCUAUUAGUUCCCUAUCAACUUCCCUCGAAUGGUUUCCCCACCGGGGAUUCCCCUUUGGCAGACGUGUUGGCCCAACAAAAACCCGCACCAACAUCUGUCGCAAGUAUUAGUGGGCAACCAUUCGACAGUCAAUCCAAAAUGCUCUCGUCAUCCACCGCCUCGCCCGCAUCUAUGGAUCUUGGGCCUUGCCCGCUUCCAAAUUUGGCGGCGUGGUCCGUCGACGAUGUGUGCAAUUAUCUGUUAUCAAAGGAUUCCUCGCUCAGCGAAGUUGCUAACACCUUCAAGCAGCAGAAAUGUCUUUGA